AUGUAUAUUGACACCGCAAACGCAAAUACGCGAUCAUCGCGCCCCCAGAUAAUCGUUACGCCAUCACACGUCUCAUCACCGUACAACAACGAUUCGGAGACGCCGCUUCUCGAGACCUUUGUUGGCCAGGAUGCUCCGCCACCACCUACUUAUUUAGAAGCGACUACACCCGGCCUAUACAACGCUAGACUAAGCGGUGAGGAGGGUGCAAGAUUACUGUCAUUUGAUGGGCGACAGGCGCGAGAUGCCACCUUCAAGGAAGAGCAGUACAGAAGGAGUUUUUGUCAACAGUGGCUCAAGAAUAAAUGGUCAAAGAUGGUGGCUGGCUUGGUGAUUUCCAUAAUAGUGGUGGCCAUCUUAGCUGCCAUAUUAACAGCAGGGUCUACUCGAAAAGACAAGCAGGUGCGCCAAGCUGCCGUAGUUGGCACAUCAUCUUCAGCACAGUCGGUAACCGAGGACACAUCUCAUGUCGAUGGUUACAUUAGCAAUAAUGACGAUGAUUCCGACCGACCUGAUCUCAUUGCAAUCCCUUGGCCAGCGCCUACUACUACAUCUGUACAGCCUGCGCCACCCACUGAGUCGAAGGUCAUCUUUCCGAUCCGAUGGCCAUCCAAGUGCGGAAAGGACUACAUUGUCAAGACGGAAGAACACGACUUUGGGUUAGCGAAAGAACUCGUCAUUCAAGAGGCGAUACAUCAACUAGAUGGCCACUACCGACGUGUUUCAGGCUGGAUACACGUUGCGCCUGCCCCGGUCGGUCAAUCUCCAGCUACUAUACAGAUGCGACUGUCGUACGCCGUAUCCCCAUCUGUCAACGCCGAACGUAUCCGCCACACGACCACGCCAACAGGGCUCACAAUCGGGGAUCCUUCCUUUCCCGACGGCUUCGAUGGCGUGAGAUCUGGCUCUGCCUGUCUGGGCAUGGCUGUGACGCUAUAUGUGGCGCCAGGAGCGUCGCUAGACAUGUUCACCGUCGCAUCUACCCACAUGGGCAUGCAAGUUCACAACGGGGUCAACUUGACGGUUACCAAAUCAGCAUCCAUUUCACUCACGACAGGAACCCUCGAUGCAGUAGCUUUCAAUUCGACAACACUACACCUCAAAACGAUUUCAGGCUCAAUCACUGGAAAGUACCUACUUCACGACCGCAUUCUGGUAGAAACCAGGAGCGGCUCCGUAAACAUCGAUAUUGAACCCCAGGCGACCACAAGCAAGAGCCCCAACCCCGCGACCUUCAUAGUCAGCUCGCUCUCCGGCUCCAUCCGCACAGACUUCAUCCGCAAGCACAUUCCCGAGCGCGACUACCAGACCUACAUCAACACCACCGUGGGCUCCGUAGACGGCACCUUUAUCCACGGCUCGCGCACGGAAAUCAAUUCGGUGGCUGGACUUGUGGCUGCUGAUCUCCUCCCCUUCCAUUCUGGUGACCACCAAUCAGAGAUUUACACAGAAACACAUUCCGGACAAACUACGCUUACCGUGCGCUCGCCAUACAGGGCGAAGAAGGUACCACUGUCAGGGCUGAUUAGCACACAUAAGAGUACGUCUGGAAGGUUGGAUGUGACAUAUCCUGAAGAGUGGACAGGCGUGGUCGACGGUACGUCAUUGAGUGGCGCACUGCAUCUUCAAGGCAAAGAGCUGCAAUUGGUCGGUGAGAAUGACGAGCCGGGGAAAAAUCAUGUGGAGGCGAUAAAAGGAGAUGGUGGGAGUAGCUUGCAUUUUGAUACGGUUAGUGGGAAUUGUGAUGUCAAGAUCGGGAGAUUGUAA